GUUUGUUUCUUUCAUAUCUCAUCUGGCUUUCCUGAAUGUGAUCUUUUCGGCUGUUCUUUGGGCACUUCCCAAGGGUAGGACCUUCCAAAGCUCAUAUCUUAAAUUAAUGUUCAUUUUAAUUGUGUAAAUGUUUCAAUCCCUAAUCAAACAGUAGGCUCCUUGAAGGCAGAAUUUCCCAAAGGAGGCCCUUUAAAACUACAGUCCUUAUCUUGUAUUAAUGUUCACUUUAAAGAGAUCAAAGUUCAAUCGAAUCCCCAAGACUUGUCUCAAUUUUGUGUAAACUUGGUGCAACACUGAGUAUCUCAAAAUAUCCCCCGGCACCCGUCAGAGUACGGCGCGUUGGUACCAAAAAUCACGGGCUCGGAAGGCGGAAGGAGCUGGAAGCCACGGCUCCGCCCUCCUGCCUGGCACGUGCCGCCCCCUGGCGAAACUCAUUAGGUGGCUUCGAGUGAGUGAGUACGGCUGAACCGGAAGCACUCCAGACUACUCCCCGCGCCUCACAACAUGGCCGACCUCAACCGGCAGCUGCAGGAAUACUUGGCUCAGUCGAAAGGCGCAGCCUCGGCGGAUACAGUUCCCCUGCUUCCCACAGAGGGGAAGGAGGCGGCGGAAGCUGGGGGUGCGUCCUCGGUGGGAGUCUGGCUGGGCCGGGUGAAUCCAUUCCCAAGCCGGGGCGGCCUAGCUUGGGCCUGGCCACGGGGUUCGGCGCUGCCGCCAGAGGAGCCGGAGCCCGGCCCCGGGCCUCCGUGCCUGCCGAGUCUGUCGCGCUGGCAGCGCCUGACGGCGAGCGGGGUAUGCUUGGUGCUAGCGGUGCUCUGCUUCGGGCUGGCCGCGCUCUAUGCGCCGCUGCUGCUGCUCCGCGCCCGCAAGUUCGCCCUACUCUGGUCGCUGGGGUCAGUGUUCGCGCUGGCAGCUGCUGCGCUGCUACGCGGGGGCCCCGCCUGCCUCCGGCUGCUACGGUGCGAGGAACGGCCGUCCCGAGGCACGCUGUUCUACCUGGCGGCGCUGGGCGGCACGCUGUACGCGGCGCUGGGGCUGCGCAGCACGGCGUUCACAGCGCUCGGAGCCGUCGCCCAGCUGGCCGCGCUACUGGCUGCGCUGUUUGGCCUCCUGCCCUGGGGCAGCGGCCCGGCUCUGCGCUACGCGCUUGGGAGUCUGUGUGGCGGCUUGGCCCGAACCCUGCCCGUGUGAACUGAGAGCCCCCGGGGCGACUCGGAGACAGUGCCGGCUUCUCGCUACGAGGAUACCCGAGGCCCCGGGCAGAAGUCCCCAAAGGACAUCUAAGCUGUAAGGCGAGACGGCGAUGGUUGUGACGCUAGCUUAGGAGGCGGCCACACCGAGUAUUAAGGAACCUGGUAGCCUGCGGACCAAAUUGGCCAAGCUGAGUGGAGGCCAGGGGAUGCCUGUGAAAGGGGAGCGAGCGCCAACUUGGUUCCUCAAUUUCAGAACUUUUCUGCUAUAAAUCACGGAAGAUUUUUCUGGUGAAUUUUGACUUUACCUGCGGAAUAACUUUUGGGGUUUUCUCUUUUCAUCAUAUUAAAAUAAGUUCAGUAGACAAGAACAAGACUUCCAUUUGGACUUUUAUCCAAUUAGCCUGUUUUUAUUUCAUUUUCGUUUGGGUGGGACCACUUUUCAUUUAAAAUUGCCACACAAGUAGACUUUUUUUCUCUCGCUAGUACUUUUUAAACAAAAUUUUCUCCUUCCUGGCUAUAGUGUGAGUGAACUUAGGCCUAAGUGCAAUUUUAUUACAAGUUGAACAUUAAACACUUAAUUUUAUUUAUAGUUCUGUAGCUCAUCUCAGUUUUUCGUUUAUCUUUAUACUGUUUUGCCAUUGUAGCUGGCCAUUAUAGUGCCUUGUAGGAUUAAAGGAAAAUGGGCUGCUUCAGGAAGCUCAAGCGAUCCGAAGAUGUGUACCUCGCAGUUCCUAGAACCUGCCUCAAAAUGAGCUGUCAUCCUGUGGCUAGUUGAAAGAUAUCAGCCUGGAAUACAGCUACCUGGUGCUGUACUAUAGAUUUGUUAAAGACUUCUUUUUAAACUGACAAAAAAUUGUAAGGUACUGUUGAUGUUUCCAUUAAUAGAUUACAUUCCUUGUUCUUGACUUGUUCCUAGGCUUGCAAGAUCUUAACUAUUUACUGUUUAUUUACAAGCUUAAAUUGCACUUUAAAUUUGAUUGUGAGUCUACCAACUAAAACAGAAAAACUUACCACAGGUAACAAAACAGGUCAGAAGAUAUGUAUUAUACUAUUAUAUAUUUAAAAUGUGUAAAUCCUGAAUAAGAUUUUAUCAGUUUUAAAAAUUGGCUUCACCAUUAUUUUAGGCUAGACUAUAACAUACAGUACUCUUAAUAGGAAGCAGUACACCAAGUGACACUAGAAAGAGCCUGUGUAGCUGGUUCAGGUCAAGUUGUAUCGAGAUAGGAGCCCUUAUAUUCUCCAUGCUUCUCAGAAGGGUCAAGUAACUUUCAAUGUCUGUCUGCCAACUCUUGUAUUGGAGAUCGUUAAUUGCCAAGAAUAUAAGCACGGGUUGUGGAUAGCUCAUGUCCCAUUCAUGGUAUCUAUAUUAGCAUUGAAAUUCUUUAGAUAUGCUGUGUAGACAUGAGCAAAUGAUAACUUUCUGCCUCACUUUCCCUAUCCGUAAAAUAGAGAUAACUACCUACCUCUCAAAUAUAAAUUACAUCACAAUAUUGUAUUAAUGUUUGGUUACAAUAAAUUUUGACUUUCAAAUCAGAAAA